UGCCUGCAAACAUUUAGAACAGGAAGUGAUACUGUAGCAUCAAGGAACCCACAAUAAAAUACACAACAAUGAGAUUAUAUAGAUAGCUUCAGGUUUACUUCAGUUGUAAAGAAGCAUCCAAGCUCUCGGAAAGAUACACUCUUUCAGCCAUUGAAGAGAAGAAGGGCCCUGCGGUGGAGGUUUUGUUAAACAGGCUAACUUGAGUCGAAGUCGGACCAAGCCCCAAAAUGACUGCAUCUGUGUUUUUCGGGUGUACAUUCAUCGCUUUCGGCCCUGCCAUUGCACUGUUCUUGUUUACUAUUGCCAGGGACCCACUCCGAGUGAUAUUUCUUAUCGCCGGGGCGUUCUUCUGGUUGUGUUCUCUGCUGCUGUCUUCACUAGUGUGGUUCAUCACCGUUCAGAUCAGCAACAAAGAGAGUUCCUCCCAGCAGAAAGGACUGCUCAUAUUCGGGGUGGUGCUCUCCGUGCUGCUGCAGGAGACUUUCCGCUUCGGCUACUACAAGCUGCUGAAGAAGGCAAACGAAGGCUUGCUCAUGUUGAGUGCAGAGGAAACGAUGCCAAUCUCCAUACGGCAACUAGCCUAUGUGUCUGGGCUGGGGUUCGGCUUCAUGAGUGGAGCAUUCUCAAUGGUCAAUAUCCUGGCCGAUUCUGUUGGCCCCGGCACCAUUGGUAUCCAUGGAGACUCCCAACACUACUUCCUGUCCUCAGCCUUCAUGACCAUGGCCAUCGUCCUGCUCCACAUGUUCUGGGGGGUGGUGUUCUUUGAUUCCUGUGAGAAACAACACUGGUGGUCUCUGGCUGUGGUCGUCAUCAGCCACCUCCUCGUCUCCUGUCUGACAUUCCAGAACCCUCAGUACGUGGGCAGCCUGGUUCCCACCUACAUCAUCGUGUUCCUCGUGGGUCUCUGGGCGUUCUUCUGCUCCGGGGGUUCUCUUCGGAACCUUAAACUCUGCCUUACCUGCAAAGACAAGGACUUCCUGUUGGCCAACCACCGGCCCAGAUAACAGAACACCACUAAAGAAACACACACACACACUGUAUGGGGACGCUAUCCAACAGGACACACACCACACAAACAAAUAAAUAAGUUAAAGACAAACUGGGUCAAUGAUAUGUCUCUCCCCUCCCCCACCAUGUGUUCUGUGUUUGUGGUGCUGGGGACUGGAAAUAGGCUGUAGUCCAGAGUAAAUAUUGUUUAAACACCUUUUUAUUUAGUGAAGGGCAGAUGUAUUACACUGCAUUAGUAAUAGAAUAAUCUAGAGGAUCCUUCUUUUGUUACCACUACAUCCUUGGCAGACACUGCUCAGAACGGUUGAUUAACUGUUGACAGAUGGGGGGAGACUGUGACAAACACAUUUGAUCUGUGUGUAGUUUUAAAAUGUAGGGUACGUAGUUCCUUAACGAGACGGUACCUAUUUGACACCAGACGGGCCUCUGGAUCUUUGCCUUCUACAGUGAUGAUGAGGUAGCUUAGUGUUUUGGCCCUGUAUCCAUAAAGCAUCCGAGUAGAAGCACUGAUCUAGGAUCAGGACCCCCCAUGUCCAUGUAAUCUUAUUAUAAUCUAGGAUCAGGACCCCCCCAUGUCCAUGUAAUCUUAUUCAUUAUAAUCUAGGAUCAGGACCACCCCAUGUCCAUGUAAUCUUAUUCAUUAUAAUCUAGGAUCAGACCCCCCAUGUCCAUGUAAUCUUAUUCAUUAUAAUCUAGGAUCAGGACCCCCCCAUGUCCAUGUAAUCUUAUUCAUUAUAAUCUAGGAUCAGGACCCCCCAUGUCCAUGUAAUCUUAUUCAUUAUAAUCUAGGAUCAAGACCCCCCCAUGUCCAUGUAAUCUUAUUCAUUAUGAUCUAGGAUCAGACCUCCCCCAUGUCCAUGUAAUCUUAUUCAUUAUAAUCUAGGAUCAGACCCCUCCCCCCUUUCUGAUCUGAAAAACUAAACUGAUCCUACAGUAGAUCAGCAGGUCUAAACUGAUCCUACAGUAGAUCAGCAGGUCUGAACUGAUCCUACAGUAGAUCAGCAGGUCUGAACUGAUCCUACAGUAGAUCAGCAGGUCUGAACUGAUCCUACAGUAGAUCAGCAGGUCUGAACUGAUCCUACAGUAGAUCAGCAGGUCUGAACUGAUCCUACAGUAGAUCAGCAGGUCUGAACUGAUCCUACAGUAGAUCAGCAGGUCUGAACUGAUCCUACAGUAGAUCAGCAGGUCUGAACUGAUCCUACAGUAGAUCAGCAGGUCUGAACUGAUCCUACAGUAGAUCAGCAGGUCUGAACUGAUCCUACAGUAGAUCAGCAGGUCUGAACUGAUCCUACAGUAGAUCAGCAGGUCUGAACUGAUCCUACAGUAGAUCAGAAGGUCGACUAUGAGAUGCUUUAUAAAUAUACGGCCCUAGAUUGUCUUUCGAUAUCAGACCUGUGAUGUUUUGUAUCCAGUUCAUGUUUCUGUCUCCUGCUGUGUUAGUUGGCAGUCUGGCAGGGCAGUCUGGCAGGGCAGUCUGGCAAGGCAGUCUGGCAAGGCAGCCGUGUCGUUCUCCUGUUUUAGAUGAGUCGGUAGUACGAUACAAUACAACAGUGUUUGCAUAGCAACAACUUACUUUUCAUAACCCCCCCCCCCCCCCCAAACAAAAGCCAAUUCCUCCGGAGAACGAAAGCAGCAUAUUAGGAUAACAUUGAGUUAGGAUGUUUGUUUGUUUGUUUGUUGUAAACAUUAUGUUGUGAGCUGUUUUCAAAAUGAAGUUCUGAUUCAAACUGAAAACAUGUCAAAUGUUUUGUGUUUGUUUUGAUAGUCCAGAUGAAUAUAUUCGGUCUAAAACCUACACCAAUAUAAAUAUUGACCUGAUGAUGAUGAUGAUACUGUUUUUAUAUGAAUGAUGUGCUUUACAUACUGAUUAGUGCUGCUAAGCUAAAUUGUUCUUUAUUUGUAAUCAUCACACUGACCUCAAGGGUUGGUCUGAUCUAGUUGGCUUUAGGACGGGUGUUUAUGGGUUGGACAUACAGGGGCCAGUUUCCCAGACCCAGGUUAAGCUUAUUCCUGGACUGAAAAGCACUUAACUUUUUUUUUAAAUUCUCAAUUGAGAAUGCUUUUUUUUCUUAGAAGUGGCUUAACCUUUUGUCUGAGUAAACAGACCCAAACUGUAGCACCCUGUUUAGUCCUAACUUCUAUUUUAGUCAAAUAUUCCCAUUGAAAUCAAUGCAAACUGAUGACUAAGUGAAAAUGUGAAAAUGCGCAUCCUCCCUUUCAAAUAUUCCCAUUGAAAUCAAUGCAAACUGAUGACUAUGUGAAAAUGCGCAUCCUCCCUUUCAAAUAUUCCCAUUGAAAUCAAUGCAAACUGAUGACUAAGUGAAAAUGUGAAAAUGCGCAUCCUCCCUUUCAAAUAUUCCCAUUGACAUCAAUGCAAACUGAUGACGAUCCUCCCUUUUCAAAGAAGACAUGCCCUUGAGGAACAAAUGAUUGAAUAUGUACAUGUACCACAUUGUUGUUGAUGAAUUAGCUGAUUCUUCUAGGCAGUGAGUAAGACCUGUGGAAACAUAAAUCCUUUAGAGAUCUCAACGGACGUUAGUUUAAACUAGGCUGCAAUAAUUUAGUGACAAAAUGAAACGAGUCACCUCACUUGUCGUGGUUUUAAAUGUUUUUCUCUGACCUGUGUCAUGUAUAUGGAGCUGUACAGCUUUAACAUAAUAGUGGAGAACUCCCAGCCAAUAGUAUCAGCCUCUCAGGGUUGAAGGUCACUGAUAUGCAAAUGAGCUGUAUGUUCCUGUUUUGACUUGUGCCUGCGUGCACCCUGUUAUUUCACCAUGCUUCUGUAUUGAUAAACAUUUAAAAGUAGUAGCA